AUGUUCAGUUCUUCAGAAGCAGAUUUAUCGUUUGAUGAGAUUUUCGAAAGGGAAAUCAAUUUUUUGGAGAUGCAAAACAGUUUUCAAGAAAAUGUUGUUUUAUUUGCAAACUCAUUCUCUAAAUCUACUCCAAAUGACUCUUCAAUUACUCCUCCUCUGUCUAUGGAGCUGAAAGAUGAUCAACAAAACACAAGUUCGGGAGAUGAAUCCUUUCUUGAGCUUUUCGGGAUCUCAGAUCAAACUGAGAGUAUUGACCCUCAAUACUCAUCUAAUGAUGAGAUGUCUUCAUCUUUUGAAAUCUCAACCCCAAAAGACUUAUUCAUGGAUUAUGGUCUUGUGUUUCCUCAGUUACCAAACAACUUUGAAGAUGCUUCAUCUUUGAAUGUCGCCUCUGCUGAGUCAGAGGAAAACAAUAAUUUAUCCGUGGAUGUCGUUAAAACACAUAGGACUGACUACUCGGCACCUACACAAGUAGAAAUUCAACGUCGUCCAUGCUCGGCACCAAAGUACGCUAAAUCUACCAAAAGUAGUUCAAGGGAUCGUCGCGGUGGUUCUGAAAAGCAAUUGGGUGCAGUUCGUGCUGUGGUCGGUGAUCAAGAGAAUACCAUUGUCAAUAUUGCCAGGGCAUACCAUCAACAACACCCUAUUCCAGGUAUUGUUCCCGGAUCAUCCAAGAGCAUCGAGCUAUAUUCUAAAUCUAACCCAAAAAAGUUCAGAGAUGUCUGUUUAGGAAGCUUCCCAUCUCAUUUACUUGAAAGCUUCUUCUGUGAUUACGAUUUUCUUUAUCAGGAGAGUCAAUACGGUAUUAGACCUGAAGAUUACUACGGCAUGAUAGUUGCUCUUGAGUUCUCAUUGAAAUGCAAAAAGUUAUUUUCAAACUUAGGCUACACUGAAACCAUUGGAAUCGGUGGGAAAACCAUUUCUGAAGAGAGAAACACGUUCUUUGCUAAACAUAGGUACUUCAAAGGUACCAGAAAGUGUGGUGAGCUCUAUGUCUACGACAACACUUCUAGAGAAAAACUUUCUGAUAUCCUUGGAUUAUGCCAAACGGUGGUGGCAUCCAUUGAAUUGAUCGUUGAAGAGAUCGCCAACAGGUUGGACAUUUUGAUCAAUGGUGAUAGAGUUUCCAGAGCCAUUACCCAAUUAAUUCACCUUGGCGGUGGAAAGCCAACAAAGGAAACUUGGAACAAAAGACCAAUAGAAGUUCAAAAGAGACUUUAUGCUGUGGUGAAAAGGGCAUUGUGGGAUACUUUUGAAUUCAGGGGCAAAGUGGUAGAGCUUUUCGUUAAAAGGGUUGCUUACACUGUUGCCCAAAACAACUUCAAAAGAUUGAAUAAGAAUAGAGGAGCAAGGAAAGAUGCUCUCAAUAUAAAUUAUAGAAAAAAUCUUAUGAAGGGAAAAGUCUCCAAAAGCUCAGUGGGUUUAGUUUUUUAA